GUGCGGGCUGUGGCGGGCUCGGUUUGAAGCUCCGCCGUGGGGCGCAGCAUGGCUCAGGAGCGUGCGGUCCCACCCGGCGCGCUCGCCCUGGACGAGUUAAGCGGCUGGCCGGAGGAACUAUGCCGCCGGGAGCUGCCGUCCGUUCUGCCCCGGCUCCUCUCUAUGUGUCAACAUUCUGAUAAUUGGAUUGAACAUAUUCAAAUUUUGAAAGUCAUUGUAAAAAUGUUUUUGCCUCAUGUGGACCACCUGACAUUGGAACAGACUUUUUUUUCGCAAGUAUUACCAAAGACUGUAAAAUUAUUUGAUGAGAUGAUGUAUGCCUUAACCAGUCAAGCCAAAGAAUUAUCAAGCCAAAAUUUGGAAAUCCAGACCACUCUAAGGAAUAUUUUAGAGAUAAUGGUACAAGUCUUAGGAGCUCUUACAGGAUGUGUUCAGCAUGUUUGUGCCUCACAGGAAUCCAUCAUUUUAGAAAAUAUUCAUAGUCUCCCCUUCUCAGUCCUCCAUGUAAUCAAAAGUACAUUUGUACAUUGUAAGAAUAGUGAAUCUGUAUAUUCCGGGCGUUUGCACCUAGUCUCAGACCUUCUGCAAGCUCUUUUCAAGGAGGCCUAUUCUCUUCAGAAGCAGCUGAUGGAACUUCUGGACAUGGUUCACGUGGAUCCUUCAGUGGAUCAGAAUGACGAUAUUUUGAGUAUGGUAGUAGUUAUUCAUUCAUUAUUGGAUAUCUGCUCUGUUAUUUCCAGUAUGGAUCAUGCAUUUCAUGCCAACACUUGGAAGUUUAUAAUUAAGCAGAGCCUUAAACACCAGUCGGUUUUAAAGAGCCAGUUGAAACACAAAGAUAUAAUUACCAGCUUGUGUGACGACAUUCUUUUCUCCUUCCAUUCUUGCUUACAGUUAGCUGAGCAGAUGACACAAGCAGAUACACAGGAUAACACUGACUACAGAUUAUUCCAAAAAACACUCAAGUUGUGUCGCUUCUUUGCCAACUCUCUUUUGCACUAUACUAAGGAAUUUCUUCCUUUUCUUUCUGAUUCUUGCUAUACAUUACACCAGCUUUAUCUUCAGAUCCACAGCAAGUUUCCUCCAAGCCUAUACGCAACCAGGAUAUCAAAAGCACAACAAGAGGAAAUAGCAGGUGCUUUCCUGGUCACACUGGAUCCACUCAUCAGUCAGCUGCUCACAUUCCAGCCUUUUGUGCAGGCGGUGUUAGACAGUGAAUUAGAUCUGCCAUGUGAACUGCAGUUGCCACAGUGUCUCCUUCUGGUUGUUGUCAUGGAUAAGCUGCCCUCUCUACCUGAAGAUGUGCAGACUCUGUGGUGCGCAGACAAUCAGUCCUCAGAGGCUACAACCAGGACACCUCUACUCAAAGCCAUGUUCUACAGUUUUGAGCAGUGUUCUGGUGAACUUUCUCUGCCUGUCCAAUUAAGGGGAGUACCAACUAAAGGGCAAGCUGAGGUGGCUGUCACUUUGUAUCAGCAUGUUUGUGUUCAUCUGUGUACCUUUAUUGCUACCUUUCAUCCCUCCCUGUUUCCUGAAUUGGAUGCUGCUCUGUUGAAUGCUGUGCUUAGUGCUAAUAUGAUCACCUCUUUGUUAGCUAUGGAUGCCUGGUGCUUCCUUGCUCGGUACGGGACUGCUGAACUCUGUGCACAUCAUGUCACCAUAUUGGCUCAUCUGAUAAAAUCUUGCCCGGGAGAAUGUUACCAGCUCAUCAAUAUAUCAAUACUGUUGAAGCGUCUCUUUUUCUUCAUGGCCCCAUCCCAUCAGGUGGAGUUUAUCCAGAAAUUUUCUCCAAAAGAAGUGGAAAAUUUGCAUCUGUGGCAAUAUAUUUCCUUCCAGGCAUUGUCUGCAGAUCUUAAGAGACAGACUGCAGAGGAAGUCGCCACAGUAGGCACCGCACAGUGCAGGGAGUGGCUGAGCAGCAGCCACACUUUGGGAGAUCUGGAGUCUCUGAACACAGUGCUGUCGUCUUUGUUGGCUCUGUGUCAUUCUGCUGGGGAAGCUUUGGAUGUUCGACAGCAAACUGCAAUUAUGGAAGCUGGGAGUCAGCUUUGGCCUUUUUUAAACAUUAAACAGGUAACAGGUCAACCCUGUGUUCAGCAGACGUUUAGCCUUUUACUUCCACUCUUGGGAUUUUUCAUUCGGACUCUAGAACCUCAGCUGAUCAGUCAGGUAGUAACUUUGCAGACCUCACUACUUAAGUUUGAGCCUCCUGACCAUGUUCGUUUGGCAAUGCUGGAUUUUCUGUCUACUCUGGGCAAGUUUUUUAUACCUCAAGCUAUCCAGGACAAAAUUCUGCCAAACCUGUCUUGCAUCUUUGCCUUACUGCUCUCUGAAAGGAACUGGCUGAUAGAACAGCAUGCCUUGGAGGCAUUCACUCUGUUUGCUGAGGGAACAAAUCAUGAAGACAUAGUUCCACAGUGUAUCAGUUCUGAAGAAACUAAGAACAAAGUCGUUUGCUUUCUGGAGAAGACUGGGUUUAUAGAUGAAACUGAAGUUGCCAAAGUGGAACGUGUGAAACAGGAGAAAGUUCUCUUCUGGGAACUCUUUGCUAAAGUGACCACAGAAGAAUCAAAGUGGUCACCUUCACAGCCUUAUGCAAAGAGAGCCCAUCCAGAGCUCCUCUUGGAAGAAGAGUACAGGUCAGCACUGCUAGCAGCAGCAGGGGCCGUGGAGGCAACGGAGUCAUUACUGCAAAAGGCUCCUGCCCCACCCUGGCUCCUAAUGGAAGUGGAGGCGCUCCAGGAACGGAUCGAGAAGCUAAAACGCAUGCUCUAGGCUACGACUUCAGGGCCUGGAUCACAGUAUCCCUGCUCAGAACUGGUUUGAUGCGUUGUCACUGUACAGAACACUUCUACAUUUUGUAAAUGAAAAUCAUAAUGUAAUUAUGUCUAUACAUUUUCUAGCACAUAAAACAGCUUCUAUAAAGUUGAA